CAAUUACGGCUGAUUGAUGUCUUUACAUUCUAAUGCUAUUAUAUGCGUAGAAAGCGUUUUCCUAAAAAGAGUGCAGCACACAGGAUAUGAUCAUAUUCAGGUUCUCAAUGUUUCCAACCGCUCGGCCAUGCACAUAACAGUAACAAAAAUUUAUACAUAUAUCAUAUAUCUAUAUGUUUUAUAAUUAUUAAAAUCACACUGUAGUUGUACCGCUUGUCCUGCACCGCUCAAUCCACUGUUAUCAUUCGGAGCUUUAAUUCGCAUAUCAAAACCAAAUACUCCUUCCGUUCUACAAAAAAAAAUAGACUUUUUAUUAUUUUUAUACAUAUUAAAAAAAUACAUUAAACUACCAUAAAAAAAGAUAUUAUUUUCUGUAAUUUUUAAUUUUUAAUAAUUUUGAACUAAUAGUAAUUCAAUAAAGUCAAUUAAUUUUUUUAGAGUUUACAAUUUUUUUUAAAAAAGAUAAAAAUUACACUUUUAUAAAACAAACUUUUUUUCUAUAAAGUGUAGUAUAAUAUCAUUGUCAAAAAUUAAUUGAAUUAAAUAUGUCUCUUGUGUGUGUGUGUGGGCCUGGGGGGAGGGAGGGUUAUCAACUAUGCUAAGGAUUCAAUUGCUUACCCGUAUCGCGAGCGCGUUUUUGUGGUGAGGAUUAAGACACGUGUCAACAUAUGAGACAUUGACUAGUCUCGCAUUAUCCAGAGAGGGUUUAUAAAUACCCCUCGACCCCGUUGUCGAAUAGAACUUUAAAUCUGAAAGAGAAAAAGAGAGAGAGAGAGAGACAGUAGAACGAACGCGAAGAAGAUAUACAAACUACAAAUCGAACAACAGCAACAAAAAAAAAGGAAAAGUGAUUGUUGACCAUUGAAGAAGAGAUUCGACUCGAACUUUGAAGGUAAUCAAUUCCAAUAAAUUAUUUGAUUUGCGUCUGAAAAGAAGAAGAAGAAGAAGAUGGCAGUUUAUGACCAAACAGGAACCCAUACAGUGUCGAUAUCAAGGAAGAGGAAGUCAAGAGCUAGAGCAGACGGUACAACAGUAGCCGAUAGACUAAAGAAGUGGAAAGAGUACAACGACUCUGUUAAUGCUUCCUCUAUAAAACAAGGAGAGAAACCGAAACGUAAACCUCCCGCUAAAGGGUCGAAGAAAGGCUGUAUGAAAGGCAAAGGUGGACCGGAGAACUCUCACUCUAGCUUCAGAGGAGUUAGACAAAGAGUUUGGGGUAAAUGGGUUGCUGAGAUCCGUGAGCCUAAUAAAGUAAGCAGGCUUUGGCUCGGCACUUUCCCUACGGCCGAAGAAGCUGCUUCUGCUUAUGAUGAAGCUGCUAUGGCUAUGUACGGUCCUUUAGCUAGGCUUAACUUUCCUCAGCAGUGUGUUGGCUCUGAGUCUCUUACUAGUACAUCAAGUCAGUCUGAGGUGUGUAGGGAUGAGAAUAAGGCGGUUCUUGAUGUGAAGCAAGAGGAUGUUGAUUGUAAAACUAGACCAGUUAGUGAGAUUAAAUAUGUCAAGGAAGUAUGUGGUGAUCAUGCGUAUACAAGGCUGAAUGAGUUUGAUGAGGAGUAUUGGAGCAGACUAUCGAACGGGGUAGAGAAACCGAAGGAGGAAGAAGUGAUACAGCCGCAGCAGGAGUUAGAUAUGCUUACUGUUGCGGAUUAUGGUUGGCUUAGUGAUAUGCAAAACGAGCAGGGUUUUUGGGAUCCGGAUGAUUCUUUUGAUAUUGAUGAACUCCUUCGUGAUAUUGAUGUAGGCCUGUUAACCGGUCAUGAUCCGUCCCAAAACCAAAGCCAGGUAGUACACCCUGGUGGAUAUGAUUCACAUCCUCUGCAGAUGGAGCCACAAGACAAUAAUCAUGAGUUAUUCAACUUGAGUUCUCUGGAUGGAUCUUUGACAAAGUUCUGAAGUCAUGAAGUGGUCUGCAAGCAAUAGAGUAUUUGAUCAUAUAGUAGCAACAAUAAAUUGGGUGUUAGUUAUUUGAUUUCACAGUUAAAAGUAUCAAUGUUAACUACAAGGAUUAUUUGGAUUUAGACUAACGAAUUACUAAUUUAUUUUUAAAUAUAUUUUACAUUUAUAUUAUAUAUUUAUUUUUUUUAGUUUUUUUUAUCAUCCGGUUUUUAGUUUGAUUAUAAAUUCUUUUGAUGAAAUAUAGAAGUUCGAUAUAAAAAAUAGAAAUUAGAUAAAUCUGUAAACUUCGUUAUUGUUUGAUUUAACUGAUUUAAACUAACUUAGAUCUAUUUAAAUUGAUUUAACAGAUUUAGAACGUUUUAAACCGACUUUUAAUCGCAUAAAUUGAAUUUUUUAAACUCGUUUCAGCAAUGGAUUUUUGGAACAUUGAAAAAUAUAGUAACUUUCUAGUCUUUUACUCUUUCAAUAAGUGUUGAAACUCAUCUGUUGAGUUUGAUAUUAGAUAACAGGAGAGGGUAACUCUUUCACCCUCUUCGUAUAACAAGAGCGUUAUACAUAAUUAACAAAAAAAAGAAAAACCAUAACUUCCAAAAAAAAUCAGAAAUCUUAAGAAAAGAAAAAAGAAUCAAGGAUAAAAUAACUUAGCAAAGAGAAGCUCGUUCCAAGUAUCUUGAAGACCAGGCAAGCACCAGUGUAUACAA